UCGAAGGUCGCAAUGCAACAACCCUUCGUCCUCUUACUACAAUCAAUGCUUGCUCAGUGCUUAUUCCUUACAGUAUUACUGAAACUCUCAAAUCGGCAUGGUGUCCUAUACAGGCAUUUUGCUACUGCCUAUUAUGUUUUGCGCUUCACUAGGAGACACUACUAAAACGCUCUCUGAGUUUCUCAAGCCAACACCGCCGCAGUUGCAUACUCAUGCACAUCCCCAUGACCCUACCUCCACCAGCUCACCCCUCGUCAUGGCGAAACAAGGUCAUCCCACUGAAGGCCUCAACUAUUCAAGCUGGACUCCUGAAUCAAUUUUGUCAGCUUCUCUCUCCAUCACAUCCCAGUGUCCACCCCUCCAAUCCCCAUGCGGCAGCGCAGGUUGCCACGAUCCGAAUACAGAGCAAUGCUGCAACAAGAAAUGCAUUUGUAAGGCCACUCAGAACUGUGUCGAAUACCAGCUACACAACGGCACGAUAGUAGCAGGGUGCUGUCCUGGUGUGACGCUGGCCUGUGGCGGGAUCUGCUUCGACGCAUCCAUCUCCAAGUGUUGUGCUGCCCCCGGUGGCACGCAUGGGCUUUGCUCCGCGAACCAAGACUGUUGUGGGAACAUGUGUUGCGAUGAAGGCGCGGUUUGUGCUAAUGGAUUUGCGGGUCUGAUGUGCUGGCAAAAGCAUGACAAAGGCAAUGAGGAGAUUGAGAACCACGCCUUUGUACCAGCAAUUAUUCCCGUGCCGAGUACGCAAAAGAGCGGUAGCAUGAAAACCAAUUCCCACAGCUUGUUCCGGGUUCUGUUGUUCUUGGUCCAGUCUGUGGCUGGCAGGCUCGAACAGGCCUUCCCCGCGACGCGCCUCCAAUCGCCACCAAUACGGCAUGAUACCCCGGAUAUGAGCAAUUUAACUUCGUCCAUGAACAAGCGUUCAUCUUGUGAUCCGCCAUUGGAACCUUGUGGUGACGGCUGCCAAUAUGAACCGGCCCAUUGCUGCCUACGAGAGGAUGGAACUCAUGGUACUUGUCGCACGGGCGAUGUGUGCUGUCAAGAAUAUUGUUGUCCUCCCAAUACCAUCUGUAUGGUCGCAACUAAGACGCAGAGUGCCGGACCGUGGUGCUGGCCGCCAGGCUUGCCGAGAACAAAAGCGAACGUGCCAUAUGAUCCAAUUCCUUGGCCUCACGAGGUGAACGGGGCAGGGUUCAAGAACACUCGGAUCAAGAACGGCUCCGCUGGAAUGCGACCAUCUGGUGCAUUUUGCGUCAUCGUGAUCUUACUAUCAUUAGUACUCGCAACCUCAGGUUUGAGAUUAGUGUCGAUGGGUACCACUGCGGCGGCUGUGAGCGAACCGCUGAUGACGGUCACCACCACUAUACUGCCACAUACGACAACUGAAGCGGAUAUCGACAUUGGUCUGCCCAAUAAAGAAGACUUUGCUGUUGCAGGCCACGGUGGUCAUAGUCACGGCGGUCACAAUUCUGGAAAUCAUGGUGGAGGCGGUCAUAACAACACCGCAGCACGACCGGGUAUACUCCGACUCUUCCGGCUUCUGAUCUGAAAGGGGGUUUUCUGUCAUUUCAGCCGUAAUUUCAUCAUAGCAUCUGCCGAAUCCCUUGCCUCAGAAUCGAAGCAUAUUCAAUAAAUAUCGUUGGAGUGUCUGGGCCGUCAGCUGGGAAUUUCAAGCGAGAGGAGUGGCGGCAAGUAAACGCUUUCUUUCUUUUUUGUUCUUGCUGCAUGUAGGAUGAACUGGGCAACACAUCAUGCA